ACAAACACCGUACGAUAUAUAUCUAAUACUGUUAGAGGUGCUCAAAUCUUUUGCACCAAUAAUACUUCAUAUAAUACCUCCAUACCCUGCAGCCUGGCGGCUCACAGCUGCUCCACCACGUCCCCAUGACGCCGAUUGGGUGACGAGCAGCGCCGUCAGAGCAGCAGCGUGGUGCUCGGCGGCCUCCAGCAGCAGCAUGGACAGCGACGAGGAAAACCUAGAAGAGGUCGUGGAAGGUCCACUGGAUGAAGAUGAUCAGCCUCACGGUUUCUGCACAGUAACAUAUUCAUCCAGUGAUCGUUUUGAAGGACACUUCACUCACGGAGAGAAGAAUGGAAAAGGAAAGUUCUUCUUCUUUGAUGGAAGCUCACUGGAGGGUUUCUAUGUAGACGAUGCUCUGCAGGGACAGGGGGUGUAUACUUAUGAGGACGGAGGUGUCCUCCAUGGGACGUAUGUGGAAGGCGAGCUCAACGGGCCCGCUCAGGAGUGGGAUGCAGACGGCCGUCUGGUGUUCAAGGGCCAGUACAGGGACAACACGCGCUGCGGGGAGUGCUGGGUCUACUACCCUGAUGGAGGCUGUGUGUUUGGGGAGGUGAAUGAGGAAGGGGAGAUGACCGGUGACUCUGUGGCGUACAUAUACCCAGACGGACACACUGCUCUCUAUGGAAGCUUUGUGGAUGGAGAGAUAAUCGAGACUCGCCUCGCCACCGUCAUCUCCAACGAGAGUGGAAGGCCACGCUUCGAAAUCACACCCAACAGUCCUGUGUACUCGUACGACAAGUCCACCUCCACCUGUAUCACCACCCACGCUCUGCUUACUGACCCGUAUGAGAGCCAAAGGGUGUUUGUGGCAGACUCUCUGAUCAAAGGAGCAGGACAGGGCCUGUUUGCCAAGACGGAUGCUGAGAGUGACGCUGUGAUGGGUUUUUAUAAUGGAGUACGCAUCACACACUCUGAGGUGGACAGCAGAGACUGGGCCCUGAACGGCAACACCAUCUCUCUGGACGAGGACACUGUGAUCGACGUCCCUCAGCCGUUUGACCAGACGGACAGAUACUGCGCCUCUCUGGGCCACAAGGCCAACCACUCCUUCACCCCCAACUGCAAAUAUGACCCAUUUGUCCACCCUCGUUUUGGGCCCAUAAAGUGCAUCCGAACCUUGAGGGCUGUGCAGAAAGACGAGGAGCUAACGGUUGCCUACGGUUACGAUCACGAGCCAACAGGAAAUAACGGCCCCGAGGCCCCUGACUGGUACAAGCAGGAGCUGCAGGAGUUCCGGCAGUGACAGGCGGCUCCCAAAAGUCUCGGAAACAUCCAGAUGAGUUCCUGUGGACAAUAACACACCCCUGUCUGUACCUGUGCUACCACCUGACAAGACUCCUGCAGCAUUAUGGCACUCAGUAUCCCCCUGCAGCUGCAAACAUAUGGUAUCCAAGUGGAAUACAUACAAGAACUAUGCAAGAAGGUUGUUAGUAGAGGAGAGAAAUCUCUGUCUGGAGCUGCUGUUCUGUCUGAUUUUACCAACACUGUCCUCUUCAAAUAUUACUGGAAAUCAAGAUUUACUGUGAUGGUCGGUGCUUAUAAAUUAAGGAUAUAAUGAUGAACUGUUACCAUUUUUCACCGUACUAAAUGUCAAUUUUGUUACGCAGCGGCUGCACGUCACUGAACAGGGCUGCCCUCAACGUGUUGGAAUUAACAGCACUACUUUACAGCACAGUAUUUAUUAUCGUAUGUGUUUAAUCUGUUUGGUUCACACCUCAUUUGAACUAAAAUCAUGUAUUUACAGCUAUGUAUAACAGUGACUAAUGUGUUCCCAAUAUCAAAAUGACACAAAAAGACACAAAAUGACCCCAAGAAGACACCAAAUGACCACAAAAUGACCCCAAGAAGACACAAAAUGACCACAAAAAGACACAAAAUUACUAAAAAAGACAAAAUGACCCCAAGAAGACACAAAAUGACCACAUAAAAACACAAAAUGACAAAAAAAAGAGACAAAAUGACGAAAAAAAGAGACAAAAUGACCACAUAAAGACACAAAAUGACGAAAAAAAGACACAAAAUGACAAAAAAAGACAGAAAAUUACCCAAGAAGGACAAAGACAAAUCAAGAUUUACAUGCUGAUGGUCGGUGCUUAUAAAUUAAGGAUAUAAUGAUGAACUGUUACCAUUUUUCACCGAACUAAAUGUCAAUUAUGUUACGCAGCGGCUGCACGUCACUGAACAGGGCUGCCCUCAACGUGUUGAAAUUAACAGCACUACUUUACAGCACAGUAUUUAUUAUCGUAUGUGUUUAAUCUGUUUGGUUCACACCUCAUUUGAACUAAAAUCAUGUAUUUACAGCUAUGUAUAACAGUGACUAAUGUGUUCCCAAUAUCUGAAAUUGGUAAAUGACUGAAUUUCCUGAGCUUUGUAGAGGGGAUUUGUUACUUAUGGACUAGAAAAUAAUGGAUGACAGUGAGCUUGUUCCACUUUUCCUACCUAAUUAUGUGUUCAUAUACUACCAAAUAAAAGCCAACAAAGAGAAUCCAUA